AUGCACUUCCCGCAAGGCAUCGUUUACGGCCUGCUUGCAUCGCUGUCCCCCGUGGAGGGCCUCUACACAUCAUUCUUCCCCGUGCUCUUCUACGCGAUAUUCGGCACGUGCCAGCACACGGCGUUCGGGACACUCUCGAUAAUCGCGCUUUUACCGCCGAGGUCGUUGAUACGCAAGUCAAAGCUCGUGAUGCGGAAUUACUUAGUACGAGUGUUAACGGCACUGACGCAAGUCAAUUGUCAGGAACCGAACUCAUGGCUGCCGGUUGUUAAAGGGAUUGGAAAAGUUAUCGUGAUUUAUAUGCGUAUUUUUGAAAACAUUCAUAAGUCGAAUGUGGCUUCAAUCAUUAUUGUAAUUAUUUGUAUUAUUUUCGGUGUGAUAGUGAAGGAUUAUAUUAAUGAAAAAUUUAGGCAUAAAUUGAAAGUUCCGAUUCCGGCAGAGCUGCUGACCCUCAUAAUUGCGACUGCAAUAUCAAAAUUAGCACAUUUGUACACAUUUGGUGUCAAAACGGUUGGAGUAAUCCCGAGUGGCAUGCCCGUUCCCAAAUUCCCGAACGCAGAAUUGUUCUGGCCAAUCUUUCCUGAAUGCCUUCAGAUGGCAGUACUGAUAUUUUUCAUAAGUAUUGCCAUGGUAAAAAUAUGCACAGAGAAACACGAGUACGAAGUGAACGACAAUCAAGAACUGGUCGCGUACGGUCUGACGAACAUCGCGUGCUCAUUCUUCUCGUGUUUCCCCGCCUGUACAGCUCCGGCCCGAAACAUGAUUCUGAGCUCCAUGGGAGUGCAUACGACUUUGAACGGAAUAUUUACGUCCAUCGUUUUGUUGCUAGUACUGUAUGUUCUCGGGCAAUUAUUUUCUACACUCCCUAUACCAGCACUGUCAGUGGUGAUUAUUGGUUCUGUAAAGCCCUUGCUGCUCCAAGCCAGAUCACUGCCUGUUUUGUUUCGAAGGAACGUGUGCGAUGGUGUUAUUUGGACCACUACAUGUUUGACCGGAGUACUCCUGGAUUUACCGUACGGACUUAUGGUUGGUAUUGCGACGUCAUUGGUAGUUAUUGUCAUUAACAACCAGCGCGCACCUGCUUUUACUUUAGUUCGCAACGAGCUUCAGUUAUUUGUGCGGGAAACUCCCGGCAGCAAGACCAAUGGCGUUCUCAUUUUUAAAAUGUGCUCCUCGCUCUACUUUGCAACAUCUGAGCGGUUUAAGCGCGAACUCUACGCGACAACUAUUAACCCAUUGCAUGUGAAAAAUACACCAAGAGCUUCCUCCGAAAUAACGGUUUCCCACAAAGGUAGCGAUUCGUCAACAGUAGAAUCAAUUCUUACGAACGAGCCGAGUCGACCAUGA